AUGGCUGCUCAGAAAGAAAUUCGAAGAGUAUAUGAACUACUCGAGAAAAAUGCUGAUGGAGCCGUUACCCUCCAUGAAAUCUGUCAACUCACAAACAAGCUCGGAAUGGUAAUGCCAGUAGAAGAUUUUAGAUUAAUGGUCGGAAACAAAGGUGCAGGUGAUUAUAGCGAUGGGCUUCAAUUCGAAGCGUUUGUUGAUUUAUAUAACUUCAUCUUCAACCGCGAACAAGGCGAAGAAGAAAAUGAAUCAGACGAUUUGUUGAAGGCAUUCAAGAUAUUUGAUGAGAACGAAGAUGGAUAUAUCUCUUGUGAAGAGCUACAACGAGUACUUUCCAGGCUGGGAUUGAUUCCACAUGCGCUAAAACCACAAGAGUGCGAGAAAAUGAUAUGCAGAUUUGAUUCAGACUGCAAUGGAGUGUUAGAUUUUUCGGAAUUCAAAAGUAUGAUGUCCGCUACAGUCUCUGCAUGA